UGGGCGGAGUCAUGAUGUCACCUGAAGCCGGAGGAGUGGGGGAGGGGAAGUAGUCCACUGGGAAAGUUGUCUCCUGGUUGUGCGCGUCGAAUAUCAAUUCAGGAAACAAACACAGUGUAACUAACAUGUCGUCUUGAGUGAAACCCCAGGUUAACAUGCAGAGCAGCGCCUCCAUUACGUUUUUCUUCACAUAUUCUGGACUAUUGAAGGAUUUUGAAUCACCAUCUGGAUAGAGACGGACGCUUCCGCGGAAGGAUAAAGAGCAGCGUUAUGGGAAACAUGAUACUGAUGGUGCUGCUGGUGCUUCACCUGCCCACAGAGCUGCUGUCCAUCCAGGUGUCUGUUCCGGAAGUCGAGAGGAGUACGACUCUUUUCGCUUCAGUUAUCCUACGCUGUGAUUACUCAACCUCAGCGAACCCUCAGGAUGUCCUCGUCACUUGGAGGUUCAAGUCCUUCUGUAAGGACCCGGUGCUGGAGUUCUACUCAACAGCCUAUCAGGCCGCUCUUCAGCUGGGUCAGGACCCGUCCAACGACUGCAGGGACAGCCAGCGCACAGUCCGCACAGUCGUCCAGAAAAGAGGCAUUAAUGAGCCCAUACUGGGAGCAGAGUACAGAAACCGCAAAAUCACCAUCCAGAACAAUGCUGAUCUUGUCAUCAAUGAGGUAAUGUGGUGGGAUAAUGGCGUCUAUUUCUGCUCCAUCGACGCUGCUGGUGACACAACAGGGGACUCUGAUCGAGAAAUCAAACUCAUCGUGUACCACUGGCUGACGGUCCUGUUGAUCAUCCUCGGUGCUCUCCUGCUCAUCAUGCUCUUUUGCAUAUGCUGCUGUCAGUGCUGCCCGCAGAAGUGCUGUUGCUACAUCCGCUGCCCGUGUUGUCCAAGGACCUGCUGCUGCCCAGAGAAAGCUGUGAUGCAGCACAGGAUGAUUAAAGAGGCUCAGAAGGCGAUGGUUCCGUGGAUGAACGGUCAACCCAUUUACGCUCCCAUCAGCUCUCAUCACUCCUCUCAGGGCGUUCCCAUACUGUACUCAGGCUCGUACUCUGACUACCCUGUCAAACAAAACUUUGCCAUGGCCCCCAUGCAGCAGCAGCCCGCUCCUCCUCCUCCUCCUCACCAUCAUAUGAACAAUAGUGUACGGAGCAGCAUCCAGGGCACCAACCAGGUGCUGGACUACCUAGAGAACCAGGUGAGGGGGCUAGAAGCGGUGCCACCUCAACAUGCUCAGUAUGCUGUUCAAAAUAUGCCCCCGUUACAGCCUCAACCUCAGUACCACACAGCUCCUCUCGGGGUCCCCUACUCCCCCGGACCCCCAAGUAUGUUGUCAGCCCUGGAUGAGAUGGGGGUGAGAGGGGUAGAGAGACGGGUAAUCACUCUGGCCCCCAUUAUCCAGAACGCACCCAGUGUGUCUUCACGCAGGGGGCCUGGAGGGAGAGACGGAGCCAGAGGUGGUGCCAGAAUAUCCAGCCAGUCCAGUGGGAGUACAAACCGGUCUGGAGGAGGAGGUCUCCCCCGCAGCAGUCGAGGCCACAGAGACGUCUCUCCUCCUAGACGGGGGAUCCUGCGGGAGUACAGCGAUGACUCAGAUUGGGAUAACAGGCGAGGCAGAGCCCCACACAAGAGCUCCAGGAAUGAAAGUAGAAGCUCGCCUCGCAGGGGAGGAAGCGGGUCAAGACCACGCGCUCGUAGUCGGGAUGAUCUGAUCGACGAGCUGUACAGCAGAGCAGCUCGGAGGGAGAGGAGCUACUCGCCUCCUCAGCGCCGCAAAGGAUCAUGGAGCUCGGAUGAGGAGGACAGCAGGAGGAGGAAAGGAGGGAAAGGGAAGGAUUGGCCAGAGAAGCCCCCAAGCUACUUCUCCAUUGAGAACCAGUCUGGACACAGCAACAUCAGGAGGAUCUACAACCGUCUCUCUGAUAGAAGCUCCCGUAGCGGCACAAGCGUAGUCAUCUGAAGCAUUUCCAUCUUUUUUUUAAUUUAAAAAAAACUUUUUUUCCUGAAUGUUUCCAGAACGGUGAAGAUGAAGAGUAACAGCUGGUUAUUUGGUCUGCUCAGUCAGCAAAGAUGAAGUCAUUGUUGUUGUUCUAAUGUGUUUCAAUGUGUUGUAAUGUUUUGUAAUGUACUGUACAGACACCUUUACUCUAUAUGAACUUUAUUUUCUAUCUCUUGUUGUUGAGAUAACUGUGUGCAAUUCUUGUCCUCACUGACUUCACGGUUGUAAUUUCAUGAAUUUUCUCUGGUGAUGGAUGAAGUGUCUUUGUGUCGGUGUUUAUGAAGAAAAUAUUGUAUAGUUUCAACAAGCAAAAUGUUGGAUACUGAGAGACAGUCACUGUUUUUUUUAAUUUAAUUUCUUAUUUUGUAUUGUCAAGUGUUUUUUAUAUCAUUUGAAGACGGUCAGGAAACUGAUUGAAGAUGGACACAGAGGAUAAAGUGGAUGUCUUUAUUAUAACGACAGGAAAAAAUGUAAUUUUUGAUCACGUUUGCGUCUGUAAUGUGUUUGUUUGAAAUAAACCUUUUUAGAUACAA